AUGGGAAAGCCCGUGUUUAUCGUAGCUGGCGUCGGGAAUGCGUCUGGUACAGGGGCCGCGUCUGCAAAGGAGUUUGCGCGUCAAUUGGGAUACCGAGUGGCACUGGUGGCGAGACGACUAAAGGACUUGCAAGUCAUAGCUGAUGAAAUUAUCGCGAAUGGGGGCGAAGCGCAUCCUUUUCCCGUCAAGGAAUACUCGAGGGAUGAGAUUGUGGCGGUAUUCCGCGCUGUUAGGGAGAAAUGGCCAGACUCAAGGAUAAAAGUCGCGCUUUGGAAUGCUUCGCAGUGGUCGAGGAUUCCAUUCCUGGACGACAUUCAACGAAGCGUACAAAUCAACGUUGUCGCAGCUUUCGCCUGGUCACAAGAAGCAAUCAAGGCAAUGCUUGAACCCGCAGAAGCCCCUCUACAAGAAGGCGGCACUGGAGGAACUGUGCUUUUUACAGGAGCAACGUCCUCUAUUCGUGGCGCAGCAUCCUUUGCGGCAUUCGCUGCAGGUAAACACGGCCUACGCGCACUCUCGCAGAGCCUCGCUCGUGAGUUUGGCAAGCACGAUAUCCACGUUGCGCAUGUUAUUAUCGACGGCACGAUCCUUACCAAUACGACAAAGCGGUUAUUCGGCGGAAGGAAACAUGUCGUGCAGACGCCGGGUAAUGAGUCGGCAGCUGAAGAGGGCGACGACUGGAUGGACGACGAGAGCAGGAGACUGGAUCCCGAGUCUGUUGCUAAAGCCUUCGUUUGGCUACAUCAGCAGAAGAGGGACGCCUGGACCUUGGAGCUAGACAUGCGUCCUGCAAAGGAGCACUUCUAG